UGACACACAGCAGGUGAAGUUGGGACGUUCAAAAUGUACUUGUACCUUGCCAAAAUGGGCUUCGGAUAUGAAUAUCGACGAUAACUCAUUUACGGAUUGCUAUGGUGAUGCUGUUUUGCCGUUUCAUACACAGGUGAAUCAACAGCAAUUGUUUUAGGUGCUGGAAGAUGGACAUCCUUUAUUCCUUUCAGAUAUAAAAUGUCAGCAACACUUUACAUAUAGGUGCCUGGUCUCAGGGUCUCAGAGGACUCCUUCACAUCAUGGCCAGCUGCUCCUCCAACCACACAGAAUUUUUUGGGGACAGCAGCUCCCUGUUGUCUCUGGAGUCCAGUGUCUUCUUCAGUGAGCCCCCACCACCAAAUGAAGACUCGCUGGACUUCUUCAUCAUCAACGUGGGCGGCAGCCGCUACAUCCUUUCCCAGGAGCUGCUCUCCUCCUACCCGGAGACCCGGCUGGGCAAGCUGGCCCUCUCCUCCACCCGCGACUCUGCCCUGGACCUCUGCGACGACGUCAACUUCCUGGAGAAUGAGUUCUUCUUUGACCGCAACUCCCAGACCUUCCAGUACAUCAUGAACUACUAUAAGACAGGCCACCUGCACGUGAUGGAGGAGCUGUGCGCCAUGUCCUUCCUGCAGGAGAUCGAGUACUGGGGCAUUGACGAGCUGAGCAUCGAUGCUUGCUGCCGGGAGAAGUACUACAGGAAGAAGGAGAUGAAGGAGACGCUGGACAUCCGCCGGGACACCGACGUGACGGCCGGCGAGGAGGAGGACUUCUCAGGCGUGGUCUGCGAGGGCCUGCGGCAGCGCCUGUGGGAGGUCAUGGAGAAGCCGGACUCGUCGGCGGCGGCCAAGACCUUCGGCACGCUCUCCAUGCUCUUCGUGGUGGUCUCCAUCGUCAACAUGGCGCUGAUCUCGCUGGACUUUGGCGUGCUGGGGCCGCCGCUGCUGGACGCGCUGGAGUACGUGUGCAUCGUGUGGUUCACGGCCGAGCUGGCGCUGCGCUUCGCCUGCGUCAAGGACAAGUGCAAGUUCAGCCGGAGCGUGGUCAACAUCAUCGACCUGCUGGCCAUCCUGCCCUUCUACGUGACGCUGGCGGUGGAGAACCUGCACGGCGAGUCCACCGAGCUGGAGAACGUGGGCCGGGUGGUGCAGGUGCUCCGGCUGAUGAGGUCGCUCCGCAUGCUGAAGCUGGGGCGGCACUCCACAGGCCUCAAGUCCCUUGGCAUGACGAUCGCCCAGUGCUAUGAGGAGGUGGGCCUCCUGAUGCUCUUCCUGUCGGUGGGCAUCUCCAUCUUCGCCACGGUGGAGUACGCGGUGGAGCACGACUCGCCCGACACCACCUUCACCAACGUGCCCUGCGCCUGGUGGUGGGCCACCACCUCCAUGACCACGGUGGGCUACGGCGACAUCCGGCCCGACACCACGGUGGGCAAGGUGAUCGCCUUCCUCUGCAUCCUGUCGGGCAUCCUCAUCCUGGCGCUGCCCAUCGCCAUCAUCAACGACCGCUUCUCCGCCUGCUACUUCACGCUCAAGAUGAAGGAGGCGGCGCUGCGCCACAGCGAGGCCCUCAAGAGGCUCACCAGGAGCUCCGCCUCCGACGUGUCGCUCAGCGUCAACCUGCGCGACGUCUACGCCCGCAGCGUGAUGGAGAUGCUGCGGCUGCAGGGCAGAGAGAGGGCCAGCACGCGCAGCAGCGGCGGGGACGAGCUGUGGUGGUAGGGCAGGGGGCGGGGUCACGGUGAUGAGGCGGGUAGGAGGUGUGGCCAUGAUGACUGGGCAGGUAGGAGGUUUGGUCAUGAUUAUUAGGUGGAUAGGGGGUGUGGUCAUGAUGACUUGGCAGUUAGGGGGCAGGGUCAUGGUGAUGAGACAGGGCUGGUGCAGGGGGUGGAGUCAUUGCAGUUGGGUGGGACUUGGUGUAGAGGGCAGGGUU